AGAAGUUAAUUUAAAGAGUUGGUCGAAAAUGCAUUCCUUUCUUAGCCUUACCCAACCGCCACUCCCUUAUCCUUCUUCCCUCCAAACCCAUCCCCUAACUCUCACUCUCCCCACUCCUCCUCCGACCACCGUAGAACGCCGUUCUCCGUCGCAAUGGAUCGACCUCCUCCGCUCCCAAACCCACUCCUCCUCCUUCCGCGACGCCAUCUCCACCUACGCCGCCAUGCUCGCCGCCCCCGCACCCCCCGACAACUUCGCCUUCCCCGCCGUCCUCAAGGCCGCCGCCGCCGUCCACGAUCUCUGCUUGGGAAAACAAAUCCACGCGCACGUCUUCAAGUUCGGCCACGCGCCACCCUCCUCCGUCGCCGUGGCCAACUCCCUCGUCAACAUGUACGGCAAGUGCGGUGACCUAACCGCCGCGCGCCAAGUGUUCGACGAAAUCCCGGACCGAGACCACGUGUCGUGGAACUCCAUGAUCGCGACGCUGUGUCGCUUCGAGGAGUGGGAACUGUCACUACAUUUGUUCCGGUUAAUGCUGUCGGAAAAUGUGGACCCCACUUCGUUCACGCUGGUCAGCGUGGCACACGCGUGCUCGCACGUGCGUGGUGGGGUGCGGCUCGGGAAGCAAGUGCAUGCUUAUACUCUGAGGAAUGGCGAUUUGAGAACUUACACGAACAAUGCGUUGGUAACGAUGUAUGCGAGAUUGGGCAGAGUUAAUGAUGCUAAGGCAUUGUUUGGUGUUUUUGAUGGUAAAGACUUGGUGUCAUGGAACACUGUUAUUAGUUCGCUUUCUCAGAAUGAUAGGUUUGAGGAAGCGUUGAUGUAUGUGUACCUUAUGAUUGUUGAUGGGGUUAGGCCGGAUGGGGUUACAUUGGCGAGUGUUUUGCCGGCUUGUUCGCAACUUGAGAGGUUGAGAAUUGGGAGGGAAAUUCAUUGCUAUGCGUUGAGGAAUGGGGAUUUGAUUGAGAAUUCAUUUGUUGGGACUGCAUUGGUUGACAUGUAUUGUAAUUGCAAGCAGCCUAAGAAGGGUAGGUUGGUGUUUGACGGGGUGGUGAGGAGGACGGUGGCGGUUUGGAAUGCUUUGCUUGCUGGUUAUGCAAGGAAUGAGUUUGAUGAUCAAGCAUUAAGGUUGUUUGUUGAGAUGAUUUCUGAGUCUGAGUUUUGUCCCAAUGCUACCACUUUUGCGAGUGUUUUGCCUGCUUGUGUGCGUUGCAAGGUGUUUUCGGACAAAGAAGGGAUCCAUGGUUACAUAGUGAAGAGGGGAUUUGGGAAGGAUAAGUAUGUGCAGAAUGCACUGAUGGAUAUGUAUUCGAGGAUGGGAAGGGUUGAAAUUUCAAAGACGAUAUUUGGUAGGAUGAAUAAAAGAGAUAUAGUGUCUUGGAACACGAUGAUCACUGGCUGCAUUGUUUGUGGGCGAUAUGAUGAUGCGCUUAAUCUUCUGCAUGAGAUGCAGAGAAGGCAAGGAGAAGAUGGGAGUGAUACAUUUGUUGAUUAUGAGGAUGAUGGGGGAGUUCCAUUCAAGCCGAAUUCAGUGACCCUAAUGACGGUGCUUCCUGGUUGUGCUGCCUUGGCAGCAUUGGGUAAGGGAAAGGAAAUUCAUGCUUAUGCUGUUAAACAAAAGCUGGCAAUGGAUGUUGCCGUGGGAAGCGCAUUAGUUGACAUGUAUGCAAAAUGUGGUUGUUUAAACUUGGCUAGCAGAGUCUUUGAUCAAAUGCCUAUAAGAAAUGUUAUAACUUGGAAUGUUCUUAUCAUGGCUUACGGGAUGCAUGGGAAAGGGGAAGAAGCUUUGGAGCUUUUUAGAAUAAUGACAGCAGGAGGAGGCAGUAAUAGGGAAGUAAUAAGGCCCAAUGAAGUGACUUAUAUUGCUAUUUUUGCUGCUUGUAGUCACUCUGGGAUGGUGGAUGAAGGCCUGCAUUUGUUCCAUACAAUGAAAGCUAGCCAUGGGGUUGAACCUAGAGGUGACCAUUAUGCUUGUCUUGUGGACUUGCUUGGCAGAUCUGGUCGAGUCAAAGAGGCCUAUGAACUGAUCAAUACAAUGCCAUCCAAUUUGAACAAAGUAGAUGCAUGGAGUAGCUUGCUUGGUGCCUGUAGGAUUCACCAGAGUGUAGAAUUUGGUGAAAUUGCAGCAAAGCACCUGUUUGUCUUGGAGCCAAAUGUAGCUAGCCAUUAUGUUCUAAUGUCCAACAUAUACUCCUCAGCUGGACUAUGGGACCAGGCAUUGGGAGUACGUAAGAAAAUGAAGGAAAUGGGAGUAAGAAAAGAACCUGGUUGUAGUUGGAUUGAGCAUGGUGACGAGGUUCAUAAGUUUUUGUCAGGGGAUGCUUCACACCCACAAAGUAAAGAACUCCAUGAAUAUCUUGAAACUCUGUCCCAAAGAAUGAGAAAGGAGGGCUACGUGCCUGAUAUUUCAUGUGUCCUUCACAAUGUUGAUGAUGAAGAGAAAGAAACUAUGCUCUGUGGGCACAGUGAGAGACUGGCAAUAGCCUUUGGUCUUUUGAAUACCCCUCCAGGAACUACCAUCAGAGUUGCCAAAAACCUUCGGGUUUGCAAUGACUGCCAUGUUGCCACUAAAAUCAUAUCUAAGAUUGUGGACAGGGAAAUCAUUCUUAGAGAUGUUAGAAGGUUCCAUCAUUUCGCAAAUGGAACUUGCUCUUGUGGGGAUUAUUGGUAAAAGAAAGUGAAUAGUAAAAUAUUUUUUUUUUCUAAUUUAUUCAUCUCAACUUUUUCCUUCUUUCAUGGGCAAGAAGUUCAGUUGAGAUCAUGUAUUAUUGCAAAUGCAUAGUUACAUAAUUUGGAUAACUAAAAUUCCUGUA